AGAAGACAGGCAUGUAAGAAGAAGCAAUCAGAUUGGCAGGAUUUAGGAAUCUGUUUAAAUAUUAUUUAUCUAUUUGGAAUUGGUCUUAACAAUUUAAAGCAAUGUAAAGCUGGAUAGUUAAAGAUAAAAAGAAAAUAAAGAAAGAAUACAAGAUUUCUAUACUAUGAAGCAACUGAGAUUAUUAUGAUUUUGGUGAAUUUGUUUCUAGAAGUUUUGUUGGAACUAAGGCAAAACGGAUUUGGAGCUCACCCUUCAAAAAAGAAGAUUAUCCUAACUUCCCCUCAUGACUACUGCAGAGGCUAUGGCUGAAAAAGCAAAAUGUCCUACAUUAGAGAUCACAAAGCAAGACUUUUUUCAAGAAGCAAAAACUCUCAUUGUCCAGCAUUAUGAGAAAAUAAAUGAGAAUAAAGUUCAAGGUACUUCUGUAAAUGUUUUUAGAAAGAAACACCAAAAACCGAAAUGUGGCAAAUAUAUACCUUUGGAGAUUGACAGAAAGGAAACACAUGAUGUGGUGCAAGACCAUUGGGCUGUGCUAAGAAGGAUUUGCUUUCCCAAGGAGCUUUCCAAAAGUGGACAUCUUCAGGAACCCCUACCAUCAAUCUCCUUCAAGGAACCACACAUUUUUAAUAGAAGAGAAAAAUGCAGGCCCAUAGAUCUAAUUAAAAAAGGACAAGUUAAAUUGGACAAAAUCAUGAUGAAUAUUGAACCAGUGAGUAAGAAAAUGGAGAUUGCAAAGCACCAGCACUUUGAGGAGUCCAGAAUGUUGGAAUUACUCUAUCCCUUUCCUGUCCAUCUUUACUUACGACCUGAGACCUCUACCUCGGAACUUCUGAAAGAACCUGACAAAGUGUUCUAUGACUGGAGAGGAUUUGUGCCGACAAGGUCUUUCCGUUUGGCUUGUGACUCCGGUCGAGUUAGUUUCUCUCAAUCAUCAUCAAUAUUUCAGGAUUAUUAUAAUAAAACCUUUAUUAAAAAGGGACAACAAUCUAUCAAGCCAGAACCACAAUCACAACCCAGGGACGUGGAUGAAUCUGGAGAACGUCAUCCUCAGCAAACUGACACAAGAACAGAAAAUGAAACACCGCAUAUUCUCACUCAUAGGAUGAAAGGUACUCCAAGUAAAACUGAUAAACUUGACAGUAAAGUUAAAAGAAUUGGACCACACAUAAAUAUCUUCCAAGUGUUCCGAGGAAGAAAAAAAAUCAUGAUUACCAGAAAAUUGAUUAGAAUGAUCACCAUCAUGCAGGCACAUGUCAGGGGGUGGCUUGAACGCAAAAGAUUACGAAGAGUAAUGACCAAGGCUUCGUAUCAUGGAACGGAUGUGAAAGCAGUUAUUAACAUGUAUCGCAGACUAAUCCACCGUGUUCGAUAUCGACAUGGUCUUUGGAGGACAAGACAAAUUGUCAACUUAGCAGAGCUAGAGGAAUGGAUGGAUCGAAAAAAAUUCUAUGAAAUAAUGUUUGCUAAGAGAGAAGAUUGGCAAAAAAUAGAAAGAGGUGAGCUACCCAGUUUCUUCAGUGACUGUGGUCACUUCCCAACUCAGAAACAAAUUGAUGAUACUUGGGACCUGGUCCAUCAAGAUGGCAAAGAAAAAUAUUCUGAACUAAUCAAAAAGUCCAAAGCAAUUAAAUGUUAUUUACACUCUAUCCUCCUGAAGGUGCGAAUGUGCCUAACAGUACACGACUCAAGUCAACUUGGUUGAGACCCAUAGUAAAUGGGGAAGAAGGAUACAGAUAUAUAGUGAAUGGACAUCCAAUACUAAAACGAGCUAACAUUCAGACUGUUGGAAAGUUGGUGGCCAGAUCCAUAAGAGAAAGGAAAAUGAGACAACGUUAUAAGUCAUGAAAGGUUGAAUGAUGUUACUAACGUAUUAUUACCUACAGUAGUGAAACCUCUCUACUCAAAGAUAAAGGUUAACAUUGGAGAUAGAUCAAUUCUGUAUCAACAGGAAAAAAGGAUAAAAAUCUUUUUAUAUAUAAAGGACUUUGACAAGUUCAUAGUGUCUCUGGAUGAACACCAUUCAUUUGAUCUUCUGUUUUAUCAUAAUGAAGUGAACCUACAUAGUGUCAGGUACUCCUUUCAUUGGACUAUAAUUUAUG